AGACUCGUGAUUGACAAUUACUUCUCUUUAGGAUAUGCGAAUGAUGGGUAUAUCAUCGCAGUGGGAUAAUAUGUUCUUCCUCUGUUCAAAAUCGACUUUAGCGCAUUCGAUGCGAUCGCCGAGGUCUCCAAGGUUAAAAUAAUAUAUUGCAAGAUAGAUACUCUAUAAGCAAAGUCUCACCAAGGUCCGGAAAAUUGAACUCGACGAAAAUCCUUUAUACUUCAGUAUCUCGCCAUGUCGGCUCUCUCUCCGCUUGAUAGGCUUAUGCCUCGGGGUUAUAUUCGCCAAAUGUUCUGUUUUCCUUCGACGCACAAGAAGAUUUCUCACAUACUCAAAGCUGGCUUGGCCGGAGUUGUAGCUGAUGUCCCUUACCUCCUCGCCGGCAUCGUCAUUAGCGAAGAUCGCAAACAUAUUUCUCUCGGUGAAUCUUAUCAAAGUCUUGAGGAUCUCUACUCGGAACAAGACUUUUCAGAUACCAUCGAUUACGCCUUUAUAAAACAGCAGCAUUUCCCACCUUCAGCAUUCACUGUACCUGGAAUCAUACCUCCUGAUACCCAACCACCAUUUCCAAAUCCGGCACCUGUAUUUCGGGCUAGGUUAUCCCUCGUUAAAGGAGGGUUUAUCUUGUGUGUUGCAAUUCAUCAUUGUACAACCGACAUCACCGGAUUUGGGUCUUUACUUAAAAUUUGGGCCUCGCAUUGUCGGACGGGCGCGUCUACUGCAGCUGGGUUCAAUCCGACCUGGCUAAACCGCAAAGUUCUGCACGAGAGAUUUAAUACUUCAUAUAGGCCAAUUCCAGCAUCAAUCCCCAAACUUCUCCAUGUCAAGAGUCCCGAUGAUUUAGCUAGGCUACCCGCUUCAGCGUCACAACCUAGCGAUCUUACAACGGGUAUAUUUUUCUUCCCACAGAAGACUCUACUGGCUUUGAAACGUACAGUCAAUCAGCAUGUCAUUUCACUGGACGCCAAAAAUUGGGUUUCAUCAGGCGACAUACUCACGGCGCUACUUUGGAGUGCAGUAUUAACAGCCGAAUCAGAAUCGACUAGUGAUGGCAAGGACAGCAGCACGAUAGGCUUCCCUGUGAACUUCCGUUCGCGAUUUAACCCACCUUUACCCCCAGACUAUCUGGGUGCUGCUUUCAUUAUGACCACUGCUACAGCUUUACGGGAAGAUCUCAUAUCUCUUUCCUCUGUCGCCAGUGCCCCAACCAAUGAUGAGCACCUGGAUUCCGCUUCAAUCUCGAGACUCGCCAAUAUUUCUUCUAUAAUACGUGCCUCCCUCCACAGCGUCGAUGAGGAAAGUGUUCGAAAUGCAUUGCUGUAUUUGGAGGCUGCGUCCGAGGAUCAUCCACCAAUUACACUAGGUCCGCGUCACGACGGCAUAUCUAUCGUUUCAUGGGCUGAUCAGAGCAUAUGCGGGCUAGAUUGGGGCGACAUUUUGGGAACAUGCGAUGCAGUUAGAUUGCCGAAGCUGACGUACAGGAGAUACCCUAUCGUCCUACCUAGGGUACCAGCCAACACCGACGGUGAUGGAGAAGGUCUGGAGGUGAUCGUCAGUUUUGAUAGGCAAAUAUUCGAAAAGUUUCGACAGAACUGGCCGAUUAAACAAUUAUCAACACUUCGGUGCUAUUCCUAGAGACCGAACAAGGCUUAAAACAUCUACCGAGGGCGGGUCAUAUUCAAUUAGUCUAGACACAGAGUGAAGUGGGCUAAUGCGGUAUAGGGCUGUUGCGACCUAUUCCCCUUUAAAGGGGAGUGGAGAAUGAUUGAGUUGGAGAGAAAAGGCACGACCAUAUGCCGCUUCACUAUAAGCUUCGAUCACCAACAACCGAAACAUUACACGAUGUGAACUAUACGAGCCAAUAGCGGGACGUGGCUCCAUACAUCGGACGGCAUCUUUCUC